GUUUUGAUUUUUCUUUUUUCUUCUAGAGAGAGAAGAGAGAGAGAGAAAGAGGUUCAGCGUCUUCAGACGACUCUUUUUGCUAGUCUCUGCAACUUGCUACGCUUUAGCUUUCUUCUUUCUUAAUCAAUCUCGAACAAGGGUUAGGGUUUUCUCUCUCUAGAUUUGAGUGCUAAUAAUAAAUCACUCAUUGAUUUUUGGUUGGAGGUUGAGUGAUGAGAGGAGGCUCGUUAAAGUGAGGGAAUUGAAGAGAAAGGUUGGGUUUUAGACAAUGGGUCUCAAGAGAUCUGCUAUAAAGUGCUUGAAUUUGGAGAUCUAUGUACGGGUCUUUGUGGGGCUUGUUUUGAUCUCCACGGCACAAAUUUCGCGUGGAGACACUAAUCUUGCUGAUGUUGCUGCAAUUAAUAGUUUUUAUGCUGCACUUGGAAACCCUCUUCUUCCUGGAUGGGUUGCUAGUGCUGGAGACCCAUGUGCUGAGGCUUGGCAAGGAGUUCAAUGUAACACUAACAAUUCCGUAAUCUCUAUAACUCUUAUUGGUGCCAAUUUGGGAGGACAACUGGGUAACGACCUAGGUUCAUUUACUUCUAUACAAACAAUAGAUCUAAGCAACAACCACAUUGGGGGUAGCAUUCCGACCAAUCUUCCAGUUACCUUGCUGACCUUUUUUCUUUCAGAUAACCAUUUCACUGGAAGCAUCCCAAGUUCUUUAUCCUCUCUAAGUCAACUGCAAGCUAUGUCUCUGAAUGACAAUCAAAUAACUGGAGAUAUACCAGAUGCGUUUCAAGGCCUUACAGGAUUGGUCAAUCUAGAUUUAUCCAGCAACAAUUUGAGUGGGCAGCUGCCAACUUCGCUGGAGAAUUUGUCAUCUCUGACCACCCUUCAUUUGCAGAACAACCAGCUUUCUGGGACUCUUGAUGUUUUGCAAGAUCUUCCACUCAGAGAUUUGAACAUUGAGAAUAAUUUGUUUAAUGGACCUAUACCUGACAAGUUGCUGAGCAUUCCUAAUUUCAAAAAAGAUGGGAACCCAUUCAACACUACUAUUGCUCCAUUACCUUCACCCAUAUCCCCAACAACACCCAUAUCCCCAACAACACCCACAUCCCCAACACCACCUCCAGCACCACCGGUUUCUGGGGCACCAUCUUCUGAACAAACCCCUGGGAAAAAGGCUGAUGGACCAUCUGCACCGGAAUCAAAUUCUAUAAGUACCAAAAGACACUCAACUACCGCAAGGGUAGUUUGGAUAUCAAUUGUUGGGGUGGUGUCAUUUAUAGUGUUGGUAUUAUCAAUUUUGCUCUGUAUGCCAUUGUGUCGGAGAGGAAGACCAGAGGCUGACAGAAUUUCCAAGCGGCAUGAAGUAGCUCCAUAUUUAGGCAGUAGAGAUAAUCCCAUGGACAGUGAAUCCUUGGUUCAACCGAACAAUCAAAUUGAGAAAGUUCCAAAAGUGGCAGUUGUGAGGCCAAAGGAGGAGCAUCAAACAGGGUCGAGAAGAACAAGCUUGAUGCCAAAGCCACAAAAUGAGAGGGAGCUUAACGUGCAAAGACUGAGUGGAAUACCAAAACGGUCUGAUCAUGAAAUUGACAUGACCAGAUUUGAUAUUGAUUCAAUGCGGCCCCCACCCCCACCACCGCCACCUCCUCCACCACCUCCACCUCCUAAUUUUGAGAGGGUCAUUGUAAAUCCAAUCGCACCUGCUUCAGCAACUGCAGAGAGGCCUUCCACCAAAUCUCAAAGUCCUCAAAUUUCUGUGAAGUCUUUCACAAUAGCAUUUCUUCAGCAAUAUACAAACAGCUUUUCUCAAGAAAAUUUUAUUGGAGCAGGCAUGCUAGGAAGUGUUUAUAGGGCAGAGCUUCCUGAUGGAAAGUUACUCGCAGUCAAGAAACUGGACAAGAGAGUUUGCAGUCAGCAGAAAGAUGAUGAGUUUCUUGAUCUGGUGAACAAUAUAGAUAAAAUUCGUCAUGCUAAUGUUGUUGAGCUCAUGGGUUAUUGUGCUGAGCAUGGUCAAAGGCUUUUGAUCUAUGAAUAUUGCAAUAACGGCACACUGCAGGAUGCUUUGCACUCAGAUGAUGAAUUCAAGAAACAACUUUCGUGGAAUAACCGCAUCCGGAUGGCCCUUGGAGCUGCUAGAGCCUUAGAGUAUCUACAUGAGAUCUGUGAGCCACCUAUUAUCCACAGGAACUUCAAAUCUGCCAAUGUUCUCCUCGAUGAUGAUCUUGCUGUACUUGUCUCUGAUUGUGGGUUGGCUCCUUUAAUAUCGUCAGGCUCCGUGAGUCAGUUGUCGGGACAGCUCCUAACAGUUUAUGGUUACGGAGCUCCAGAAUUUGAGUCAGGAAUUUAUACCACGAAGAGUGAUGUUUACAGCUUUGGAGUGGUGAUGUUAGAACUCUUGACUGGAAGAAAGUCAUAUGACAGCACGCGAAAUCGAGCAGAGCAAAUUUUGGUGAGAUGGGCAAUCCCUCAGCUUCAUGACAUUGAUGCUUUGUCAAGGAUGGUUGAUCCUUCUUUACAUGGAGAAUACACUGCUAAAUCGUUGUCACACUUCGCUGACAUUAUUUCCCGAUGUGUUCAGACGCAGCCUGAGUAUAGGCCACCAAUGUCUGAAGUUGUUUUGGACCUCGUUCAAGUGUUACGGAGGGAGUCUCCAACUAGAUUGGAUGGGGACUGACUUGGAUUAGGCAGUGCACGACACACUGGUAAUUGAGCUCAUGAAUAGUGAAGAUGGCAAAGGUUUGAUUUUCCAGAUUUGAACCCAUGAACAUACAUCUGUAAACAUGCUGCAGAGUUGACGUCCCUGCUAACACAGCCCACAGUUCACAUAUCAAAACCGUGCCCAUCGAAAAAUGUUCUGGAAAUCAGAUACAGAUAGUUUUGGUUGUGAUUGGUUGUCCUUAUUCUUUGGGCCAAUUGUGUUCAUUUAAACUAUGCAAGGAUGGCUUAUGCUGCAUAAAAUUUCCUAACCCAGUCAUUUAAUAAUGUUUAUUUAUGAUAUAAUUGUUGAUAGUGAUGUUUGAUUGUUCCCCAGGAUUGUUUUCCUAUUGUUUGAUUAGAUUUUGUUUAACUGAAGAAUGAUAUUCAUAAAUUCAUUUGUAGGGAAGACCGAGUACAAUUUAUGAAUCUUGUGGUAGUUACGAUGUU